CUACCAAAAAAAAAAAAAAAAAAGGGAAACAAAAAUAGAGAGAAAAAAAUGAAUCCAAAUGAUUUUUCCCUUCUACAAUCUAUACAACAUCAUCUUCUUAAUGAUUCUGAUAUUCCAGAUAUAUUUUCAACCAUUGAUUCAAAUAAUAGCCCUAGAUCUAGUUUUAGUAAUUCCCCUAGUACUACAGAAAAUAAUUUUUACUAUGGCGAAUUUACACCAUUAAUAAACCCUAGUACUACAGAAAAUAAUUUUUAUUAUGGUGAAUUAACACCAUUAAUAAACCCUUGCAGUACUACUACUUUAGGACCCACUGAAAACCCCGAGGAGACUGCGGCGGCAAGUGUGUCACACGCGCCACAAGAUUGGAAGCGGUAUCGAGGAGUAAGGAGGCGACCGUGGGGGAAAUUCGCGGCGGAGAUAAGGGAUCCAGAUAAGAAAAAUGCUAGGUUAUGGUUAGGGACUUAUGAGACACCAGAGGAUGCAGCAUUGGCUUAUGAUCAAGCCGCUUUCAAGAUACGUGGCUCGAAAGCUCGGCUUAAUUUUCCUCACUUAGUUGGCUCGGGUGUGCCCGAGCCGGCUAGGGUGAACCCUAGACGUCGAUCACACUCACCAGAGUCGUCAUCUGAAAAUGGAACACCAAAAAAACUAUUUUGAGUGAUAUUUUUGUGUGGUAUAUUUCAAUUAAGAGUAAAUUUCAAUUUUUUUUAAUCCUUAUUGG